AUGGCAGUGAACAACCACACGGCUGUGGCGGAGUUUGUCCUGCAGGGUUUCUCUGGAGACCCUUGGCUCCAGGCUCUCUUCUUGGUCAUCUUCCUUCUGCUUUACCUCCUGGCUCUUUUAGGAAACUCCAUCAUUGUCAUGGCCAUCAGCCUGAAUCCAGUCCUUCACACUCCAAUGUACUUCUUCCUUACUAACUUGGUCCUGUUAGACAUUGUCUGUACAUCCACUGUCCUCCCCAAGCUCCUGCAGGGCCUGCUGGGCAAGGGCAGCACCAUCUCCUACAGGGGCUGCAUGGCCCAGCUCUUCUUCUUGACAUGGUUCCUGGGAGCGGAGCUGCUGCUGCUCACGGCCAUGGCCUAUGACCGUUAUGUGGCCAUCUGCCGUCCACUGCACUACAGUUCGAUGAUGAGCCGGGCAGCCUGCCUCCUCCUGGCCAGCGCGGUGUGGGUGGUCAGUGCCGUCAGCACAUCUGUGCACACUGGCCUUAUGGCGCGGCUGCAUUUCUGCGGCCCCAACCAGAUCCGUCACUUUCUGUGUGAAGUCCCCUCGCUGCUGCUGCUGUCCUGUAGCCCGACCACCCUGAACAACAUCAUGAUCGUCAUAGCAGAUGCUUAUUUUGGUGUGGUCAACUUCCUGCUGACCAUGGCAUCCUAUGGUUGCAUCAUCGCCAGCAUCCUGUGCAUCCGCUCGGCAGAGGGCAAGCGGCGUGCCUUCUCCACCUGCUCCGCGCACCUGGUGGUGGUCACGCUCUACUACUCCACGGUCAUCUACACCUAUGUGCUCCCUGCCUCUGGGUCCUCCCUGGAAAACGGGAAGGUGGUCGCCUUGUUGUACACUGCCGUUAGCCCCACCCUGAACCCCCUCAUCUACUCUCUGCGGAACAAGGAUGUCAAAGUGGCCCUCAGGAAGAUGUUCCCCUGCCUUGGGUGA